UUGAGAAGCAUGAAACAAACCACAUCCAGGUAAAAGAAGGGGGAGAGUGUAGAGAAGAGAAGAAAGAAGAAGAUGGAGGUGAGUUUAUCCUCAACAUCAUGCAUACCCAUUAACUCCAAGUUGAAGCUUAGUCAUCCCCUUUUCCACUCUCAAUUUCCCAUUCACACAGCUUCAACCAAAACCACAAAAACCAAACCUUUGUUCAUCGUUAACGCCUCGAGACAAACCCUCUCCUCCAACUGGAACGUUUCCCAACACCAUUUUUCUGCAUCCACUGCUUCCCCAUGGCUUCCCAGAUUCGAGGAACUCGACACCACCAACAUGCUUCUCCGUCAAAGGAUUAUCUUUUUGGGUUCUCAGGUGGAUGAUAUGACUGCAGACUUUAUCAUCAGUCAACUUUUGUUUUUGGAUGCUGAAGACUCAAAGAAAGACAUCAAGUUAUUUAUUAAUUCACCUGGUGGUUCUGUUACUGCUGGAAUGGGAAUUUAUGAUGCCAUGAAGUUAUGCAAGGCAGAUGUGUCAACUGUUUGCCUUGGGCUUGCUGCAUCCAUGGGUGCUUUUAUCCUUGCUUCUGGUUCAAAAGGGAAGAGAUAUUGUAUGCCAAAUUCAAGAGUUAUGAUCCAUCAGCCACUUGGAACUGCUGGUGGAAAAGCUACGGAAAUGAGCAUCCGUAUAAGAGAAAUGGCUUAUCACAAGAUUAAGAUAAACAAGAUACUAUCAAGAAUUACAGGGAAGCCUGAAGAACAGAUUGAAUUGGACACCGAUCGUGAUAACUUCAUGAAUCCUUGGGAAGCUAAAGAAUAUGGUUUAAUUGAUGGUGUCAUUGAUGAUGGAAAACUAGGAUUAGUUGCACCAAUUGCAGAUGCAUCACCACCACCAAAAACUCGGGUAUGGGAUCUAUGGAAAAUCGAGGGAAGCCGGAAAGCGAAGAAAAAUAUGCCCUCAGAACACAGGUUUUUGCAGAAUGCAUCUAAAGGAAGUGAUGGUGAUAAAGGCAGUGAACAAGAAGGGGAGACACCGGUUGCUGUAUGAGUUAGGGGACAAUGAAUGAUUGUACUGCUUUUAUACUCGAUAGAUCUGGUUACUUUAAUUUGUUGACCACCUCCACUUGAAGAUAAAAAAAGGUUUUUCUCACUUAGUUAUAGCGGGUCAUUUUCUAUACUGUAUAGUAGUAAUCCAAAAUUUAUUAAUAUGCUUAAGAGUGUUAGAUGCUUUAA